UCAAGUCCGUUCCUGAUCAGUCUGUAUUUCGGCUCGAAUUUCUUUGCAAUCUCGACGGUGUCAUAGAUCAAACCAAAUCCAGAAGAUUUACCACCUCCGAAGUAGGUUCUCAAUUUGAAGACAAAGUUAGCGUUUGGGUCCUUAACCUCGUAUGUACAUCCUUGCCAACUUCUCCUUCAGCUCAGCCUUUGAAACAUUGGCUCUUCCUGUUGGUCAUGAACUUCCUGGUCCUGAUGGUGACUGCUUUCUCCGCCAUGGCUGUGUUUCCUCCCUCCGGUUGUGAAAAUCGACGUUUGUCCCUCGCGGCAGCCUCAUUACUGGCUCUCGCCCUCUGCCUCGCAGUUGGGGUCUCAAACCCAACCCCGGUCUUAACGAUCAAGAGCCCCGACGGCGAUAUUGUCGACUGCGUCAAAAGAGAAGAACAGCCGGCGUUUCGGCAUCCACUUCUCAAGAACCAUACACUGCAGGAACGACCGACGAAACUACCAUAUAUGGUGAACAAAGAAACGGAAAUGGGAUAUGGUUGGCAAAUUUGGCACCAGAGCGGAACCAAAUGCCCCGAAGGAUCGAUUCCAAUAAGAAGGGUGCUCUCUCAUCAUAACCAGACUUCUAGCUCUAAUUCCGGGGACAGAGCCACCAAAAAUCACGAGUAUGCAAUAGGCAGAAUGAAAAAACGACCAAAAAUAUAUGGAACGCAAGCAACUAUGAACGUAUGGCAUCCACACAUAGAGGGGUCGGAUGAGUUUAGCUUGGGUCAGAUCUGGCUCACUUCUGGUUCCUACAACAACAACGACGUCAACAGUAUCGAGGCUGGCUGGCAGGUUUAUCCAUACUUAUAUCAUGACUAUCAGCCGCGAUUCUUUAUCUAUUGGACGACUGAUGCAUACAACGAGACGGGUGAUAGAGUUUAGAUCUCCCUCAACUACUGAAUGUACUCUUUAUUGAUAUGAGAGAAGAAUUACAGAUCAAUUACAAAUGUAUUCUCGAAUCCAGGAUCUCAUAACGAUCCUCUAGAGCUCAUGACGCUCUCUUUACAGAAACUAGAAUACAAUUUGCAUAAACUCUCCUAACGGCUCACUACACUCUUAUAUAGCUUUGACUCUCUUCCUCGUGGUCAAACCCUCUCCUUCCUUCCGAGUCUUUGCAUAGCCGUUAGAUUGAUCUUAUCCUCUUGCCAGCUCAGCACUAGCCGUUGCGCUGUUAACCUCUUCCAACGGCUCUGUAACUAACUCCUUCUUCUUCUUCCUGUAAUAGACAUUAUGAAGCUUAUCAAUACUUCCCCCAUUGAGAGCAAGCUUGCCCUCAAGCUUGAAGGUUGGAAAUUGCUUCACAAAGUCUUUUGACAAUAUCCAAGUGUUCUCCAAGUCUGAACGAUCACACCAUUUCACCAAAUAUUCAAUACCCCCAUUCUCCGUGUAUCUCGAAGUUAGUAUAU